AGUUUUCAAAACCUAUUAAGGACCAAUAAGUAACGAAUAUAACCACGUUCAGACAAGAUAAAACCAAGGGCUUAUCAAUUUUUUUCCUUUUUUAUGGUUUUGGUAAUCAGGGAAAAUGGCGGAGGUGGUGAGUAGAUGCCACAGGAAUUUGGUUGUUUUUUGGAUGACAAUGGCGGUGGAGCUGCUGCUUUUGCUCUCUGUUUGCCCUGAGAUUACUCCACCCAGAAGAACGAAUCUUGGAGAUGCAACACAGCAACCACGAGCUGUUAAGCUGAUAAAGGAAAAUGAGCAAGUAGUGAUUGAUAAUGGACUUGUUCGAGUCACUUUGUCAACCCCCGAUGGCUUUGUCACCGGAAUUCAAUACAAUGGCGUUGAAAAUGUGGAUGACAAGUAUCAGUACUCACUGGAGGACAAGGAUAACAAAGUUCACGGCUGGAUGGUAGCUAACCCACCGGUGGGAUUCUGGAUGAUAACGCCCAGUGACGAAUUCCGAGUAGGUGGACCCAUCAAGCAGGAUCUCAACUCUCACACUGGCCCAGUUAACCUCAACAUGUUUGUUAGUACCCAUUACGCCGGGAUCGAUAUGGAUUUAGAAUACAAGCAAGGAGAGCCCUGGAAAAAGGUUUUCGGCCCAUUUCUCGUAUAUCUUAAUUCGGCUCGUUCCCCGGGUAACUACAGUACACUCUGGGGAGAUGCUAAAAGACAGAUGUUGGAAGAAGUUAGAAGCUGGCCUUACAAUUUUGUUGCAUCACCAGAUUUUCCUCCUGCUGAUCAAAGAGGACAAGUUUUCGGCCAAUUAGUGGUUGCUGACGGAUAUGUAUCCAAUAAGCCAAUUUUCGCCAAGGGUGCCUAUGUGUUCGACCUAAUGCCUCAAUUGGCUUACAGGAACCUCGGAAAUGGUGAUUAUAAAGCAGCAACAUGGCAGAUUGCAUUUCAGCUCCAAAACGUGCUCCAUACAGGAAAUUACACCCUCCAAUUGGCCUUGGCAUCAGCCAGUUAUGCAAAGCUGCAGGUGAGGUUCAAUGAUCCAAAUGCUCCAGAACCAGAAUUUGAGACACCAGGGAGAAUAGGGUUUGACAAUGCAAUUGCAAGACAUGGAAUUCAUGGAUUAUACAGAUUUUACAGCAUUCAAGUGCCUAGUAAUAAACUUAGAAAAGGUAGCAACACAAUCUAUCUUACUCAAUCAUUGAGCACAACACCCUUCCAAGGAGUUAUGUAUGACUACAUUCGUUUUGAAGAACCCGGACAGUGAUCCGUGCAUAGAUUGUGGACAUUCUUCACACAGAACAGGGCCUAGCUAGAAAGAAUAGAAAUUUGUGCAAGAUAUAUAAUUCAGCAAUAAGUUGCACGGGAUAGAAUUUGUAUAUUAGAUUUAGGGAUAUAUCAAUGCCAUUGUGCAACUAAUCCAUGGUUUCAUUGCCCUGAUAUGAUGAUUUAAAU